UCGUUUAAUUCUAAGUUGGCAGUCCUCCGUAUACGUCCGUAAAAAGGUCAACGUCAGACACAAAACCGAAAACGAAAGGUUAACUGGGGCAGAUUGGCAGAAUGGCGUCGAAACGUCCGUUUUCAGAAGAGGAUUUAACAUGCCCUGUUUGUUGUGAUAUUUUCAAAGAUCCCGUGUUGCUUAAGUGUAGCCACAGUGUGUGCAGAAACUGUAUCCAGCAGUACUGGACGGUCAAACCUUCAAGAGAAUGUCCGCUGUGCAGAAAAAGAUCCAACAAGAACCUCACCGUUAAUCUGGCUCUAAAAAACCUAUGCCAAACUUUCGUGGAUUUCCGUGGACCCCCAGAGGAGCUGUGCGAGGUUCACCGGGAGAAACUGUCACUGUUCUGUCUGUGUGAUGAACAACUCGUGUGCGUGGUUUGCAGAGAGUCGCGUGAACACAAAACUCAUACGUGCCGUCCUGUGAAUGAACUCGCUGAGGAACGAAAGAGUGAUAUUCAACGAGAACUUAACCUCUUGACUAGAAAAAUGAAGAUUAUACAACAUGCCAAAUUUGAAUGUUAUCAGCAGGCUGAACACAUCCCUCACCAGAUAAGGGACACAGAGAAUGUCAUCAAGAAUGAGUUUAAGCAUCUUCACCAGCUUCUGAAUGAUGAAGAAAAAGCCAUGCUUGCUGCACUAAACAAGGAAACGCAACAGAAAACACAGCUCAUAAACAACAACAUUGAGAAGAUGAAUAAGGAAGUAGUAUCUCUGUCAAGAACUAUAACUAUAAUGAGUGAUUAUUUGGCUGGUGGGGACAUCCAGUUCCUUAAGAAAUUCAAGGACACGUUGAAGAGAGCCCAGGACAUGAAGCGGGAUCCAGACCCAGUUCAGGGUUGCCUUUUGGAUACGGCACAGUACCUGGGCAAUUUGAAGUUUACCAUGUGGUCAAAAAUAAGACAGUCUGUCAGUUACUCUCCUGUGGUGCUUGACCCUAACACCGCUAACUAUCAACUUGUACUGUCUGAAGAUCUGACAGGCUUGAGGGUAAGAGAUGAGGAAGAUGUGGCAGGCAUGCACAUGAAGAAGCUUCCCGCUAACCCCGAGAGAUUUGACAGGUAUCCCUGUGUUCUCGGCUCUGUGGGCUAUACUACAGGGACACACGUUUGGGAUGUGGAUGUGGGAGACGGCAUUUUCUGGAUGGUGGGUGUCACUGUAGAGUCUGUCCAAAGGAAACAAAUCAACAGUUUGCCCAGCGAGGUCUGGUGCAUCACCUAUGAUGGCAACAUGCUCUCCUUUAAGGCUCCUCGGGAAUCAUGCAUUCCGUUGCUUGGGUUUGAGAGACCGCAGCAAGUGAGAGUGAAGCUCGAUUUGGAUAAAAGACAGCUUUCAUUCUCAGAUUGUCUUAGCAAAAAACUCUACCGCGUAUAUGUACCCAGUUUCACUGAGAAGGUCUUUCCGUUCUUCUGCAGUCUGUCCAGCGUCUCUCCACUGAGGAUUCUGCCUGUAGUCGAGCCCUGUAGUUAAAAGAGACAAAUGAAUUGAUUGGAAGGGUUUUUGUCUUUGGUUAUGCUGUCUUGUGUCAGUUAUCAUCGUUGCUGGUUUACUUUGGCUAUUGCAAAAAAAUAUGCAAGGGAAACAAGAAACAUUACAAACUGAAAAGUGAAUGAUCUCCUUCUCAAUAGCAAGAGUUUACUUCAAAAACGGGAUUGAAGAUUGUUGAUCUCAGUAAGGCUGUCAAACGGAUUGUUCACAACCAAGUGUUUUCAUAAUUAAUUAACUCUUGUAAUGUUUAAAACCUGCAUCGAGCCAAGAAAGUUGGGAUGCCCCGAAACAUCAUCAUCUUGGUGGUACUGGUCUUGCCGUGGUACAAAAAAACAGGGGUUUCCCAAUAUUACUGAACUCACUCCAUAGUCAUAGAUACCAUUAAACUGUGGAAAGUACCCAAGCUUUCAUAUAGGCUUUUAAACAAUAGGUUGGGUUCCUUUAAGCCUGAAGGCCUCACACUUGCCUUUAGACAACACUGGAUUUUAUAAUGUGCUCUUAACCACUCAAAAGUGUAUCUACAAUCAUCAUAGAUAUAUCCAUUGUAGCAUAUUGUAUAAUCAAACACAGUAAAUUAAUAAGUAUAUUAAUCAGCUAUGCAUAUGUGUAACUUCAAAUCAUCUCAUUCCAUCAGUGUGUCUAUGCCAUCAUCAUUAAUUCCUAUAAAUACUUCUUUAACUUUAAGUGUCUUCUACAUAUACAGGAAUGUGUUUAAUAACUGGGGUGUGACUGUGCUGAGUGAGAGAGUGAUAAUAAAUCCUUCAACGUCUCUAGAACUUGUGCAUUAUUGAAUGUGCUCUCUGUGUUAAUGUAAAAUAUAUAAUCAAUGUGCAAGAUAUUUUUCUAUAGAACCUAGUUAAAGAUGACUAGGGAUAGAUUAAAAACUAUAGAAAAUAUUUGGAUUAUAAUUAAACAAUUGAUUAAUUCUGGGUUAAUUAAUUUUACCUUAAUUGUGGGGGUGUUGGUUAUGUUAUUCUUCAUGACAAAUUUGAUCCUCAUGACUUCAUUCUAUUAAAAUGUACAACAAUUAAUGAAUAUUUUUUUUCAUUUAACUCUGUAAUAAGGCUUAAAUAAGCACCAUGAAUGUAUAACUAUAGGAUGCAACCCUCAUACGUUUAUUAGCGUUUAUCUAUAAUCACAUAACAUUGGGUUACAGUGCAGUAAAAACGUACAUUUAUCGGUUGUUUGUGGUUUGUUGUUAAUUUUAUCCAGUAGCCCAUUCAGGCGAAUCCGUUUUCUUUAACAUAUUUGUAAUUGGUUAACAAUUGUAAAGGGAUUUUUCUUUAUUAUGGAGAGGGUAAUGUCAUCAUCCACC